AUGGAAGAUCAAUACUGUCCUUAUUGUCAUCAAUGCUCUAAUUUCGAAAACUCUUUCGUUCAACUUCAGAACAAAGAAUGUUCACUGAGAGUUAAAGUUGAUGAUUUAACUAGAAAAGUCAGUGAAUUAUCAAAACAGAAAAAAUUACUCGAAAAACAAAACAAAUUACUCAUCAAUACUUGUUCUCUACCAAUUGCAAAUUCGAACCAAGAAGAAAUUUCAUCGAAAGAUGUUGAAAAUUUACUGAAAAAUUUUGAUGAUGUAUUUAAUUCACAAGGUAAUGAUAUGAUUAGACUAUUAAAUGAAAGAAAUAGCCUUGCAAACCUAGUGUUUAAAUCUUUGAAGAUAAUUGAUGCUCAAAACGAUAAAAUACAAAAAUAUGAUAAACUAGUUCAUUCAUUAUUGCAAUAUACACAACCACAACACUUACAAGGACGGAUUUCUACUCAACUUUCUCAGCUUGGUAUCCAAUAUACUCAAUAUUUGUAUCCAAGAGAUAUCGAACAAUCAAAUUCAAACGAAUUUGUCGACAAACAAUCCGAAAACUAUCUUAUAUCUUUACUUACUAAGAUAAAUACUAUGUAUCCUCAAACACAUCCAUAUAUUUUCGAAAUAUCUCAACAAAUUAGCAAGAAAAACAAAGAAUAUCAAGAGAUUACUAAUAAAAACAUCGAAUUAACCAACAAAUACAAUAAUAUCUUAACUAUUCUUGGUAUUUCAGAAUCCAAAGAUAUAACAAGUAGUGUUACAAAAAUCGUUGCUGAAUCAAAGCUGUCAAAGAAGUUAUACAACUUUGGCCGCGAAAUUGUAUCUGUUUUUAUUAAUUUUGCAGAACAAUUUUGUAUGGACAACCAUGUUGAGCUAUGCUUAUCAAGAUUAAGAAAAUGGCUUAACUAUAAUGACAAAACUAUCGAUGUUAUACAAGAAAUCGAUUUCUUGCUCGGACUUUGUUUUCCAUUAUCAGAUUCAAGUUCCAAACGGUCAAAAUCUAAGUAUAAAGAUCCUUUCGAAUACUAA